AUGAGCGAUUCGCCACCGUCUGCAACUGCAUGGGCUUCGCAUCUCAAGGCAGAUCGGCUUCGCGAGUUGCGCCACGAGUCAUUAUCCCGAGGGAGCCCUCAACAACGCGCGUAUCUUACGUCGCAGUUGUUCUCCGACUCUAUGGAACUCCUGCAUGUCGCUCACGAUUUGCAACGCCUCGCAAACGCUACCUCAACCAUCCACUCCCUGCCAACUGAGCUCCUACUCCAUAUCAUCGCGCAUCUUGCCAGAAUGGAGCCCGCCGUGUGGCAAGUCCAAGGCGGGUUUAUCGAAGAGAAAGAGCUCGGGUAUCUCAGAGUCAGUCAGGUUUGCCAUCGCUGGCGUGACAUAUGCCUUGUCAAAGCUACGGCUUCAACGCAUCAGGCAGUGCCGUCCCUCCCGAAGCUCAUCUCAGGUACCGUCGUACUGGACAGUCUUCGAAGAGUCCAGACUUGGGCUGCUAUCGUUCCUUGUAUAACUAUCCUGCGAGGACUUAAGAAGCUCCGCAUAUCCGACGUCAAGCAUGUCGAAGUCGUCGACAUCAUGGCUAUCCUCGCCCAUGCGCCUUCGUUGGAAAUCGUCGAGUUAAGGGACUGUGGAUGGGAGAUGUACAAGCCACAAACAAACUUUGAGGUCACGCUCAGACAACUACGACGUCUUCGAAUCACUAGCUCCAGCUUUCAACAUAUCUCUUUCGACCCAUCUGAAUGGUUCUUCGAACAUAUUCUGGCUCCCACUACCGUGAACCUCCAACUAACGCACCAUCUUCAAUACGACAGCCCAACCGACAACGGCAGACAUCUUGGUCGACUCGUGAGAUCCACCGUCGAGCGACUGUGGUCGUCUGACCAGUCUCUUUCCCUGGGUGUCGAUCGACUCUCGCUUACCCUCGACGUGAUCGAGGAGCCGAUGUCACGCGAGGUCGUAAACCAGCAAGUCAAACUCGAGACCCCUCAGAUCUCAUUCGUCUUCAUGGCCCUAGAGGAUUCCCAGAAUCUGCAAGUUCUCGCACGCAUCCGACUUUUCUCUUCGUUGUGCGACAAGGAGAUGUGGAUUGGUAGCCAAGAGGUCGACUCUCUUGGCCGUCACCUUCGUCACAUCGAGUUCCUGCACGUCAGAGCGCCCGCCUAUGAGCAUCACCAGCCCCUCGGACUCUUUCCACGCCUCGCCGAUACCGUCAACGACGAGAUCAUCUUUCCCCAGCUCCAACAGCUGUCGGUCAUACCGGCCCGUCUUCCGCGCGGGUCCUUGCGCCUGGACGCGAUCGCCGAGCUACUGCGGCGGCGUCUCGCUCACCAUGGGAAUAAGCUGCAAUACGUUCACCUCGACGUACCACGGCCCACCAAGCGAUCGAAGGAUGUUGUGCACGCUAGCGCCAUCGAGGAGAUUGUACCCGUUGUGGUUUGGCGGACGGAUGAGCUCGCUUCUUGA